AUGCGGAUGCAGCAGCCCCCGUACCAGCAGCAGCAGCAGCAACAGCAGCGGCAACAGCAGCAACAGCAGCAGCAACAGCAGCAGCAGCAACACCAACAGCACCAAAAGCAACGCCAACAAAACCAACACCAACACCAACACCAACAGCAGCAACAGCAGCAGCAGCAACAGCAGCAACACCACCAACACCAACACCAGCAACAGCAGCAGCAACAGCAACAGCAGCAACAGCAGCAACAGCAGCAGCAACAAACCUAA